CGAACCAAUUCAUCUCUCUCUCUCUCUCUCUCUCUGUCUCUCUCUCUCUCUCUCUAGUUUCAAAUGACCAGUCAAGAUGGGCGUGACGAUUGAUGUGAUUGGGACGGUGCUGCUGCAGUACCUGCUGCCGGCUCAGCUGCGUAAGAGCGCUGCAACCGGCACAGUGGCCUGGAAGCGCGUUUUCCGCGCCCUUGCAUUAACGGGCCUGAUCUUUGCCGUUGUGUUUGGCUACAAUCUUUACCAAGAUGGCCCCAACUUCUACCAACUCCUGGAUGUGCCCCGCGACAGCACUUGCAGCGUCAUCAAAAAGGCCUAUCGCAACAUGGGCAAGGAACUCCACCCGGACAAGGUGGCUACUCAAGACAGCGAGUCCUUCCAAGUCAUCACUUAUGUGCGUGACGUCCUUUGUGAUGCAAAUCAGCGUCAUGUCUAUGAACGAUUUGGGCCCGAAGCCGUGGAGAAGACCGCCGUGGCCGACACGACGCUCAAUAAUAUUCUCCUUGGCGUCCUCCCCUACUACAUUGGCUCGCUCGUCCUCCUCCUUGCCUUGACUUCGGGCGUUAAACGCCAAUCUGCAUCCGGAUACUGUUGGGCCGCCCUGGCCGGUAGCAUUGGACUUGAAGUCAUGCUGCGUUUCGGCGAGGUGGAUCUACUGCCGAGAUGGAUCAAUCUUCUUCCAUACCAACAGGCAUCGAUGCUCCAUACGGCCUUGCCGCUGUUCAUUACGUUCCUGGCCCACCACGCCGAGGCCUCUUACGUGGAUAUCCAACAAAUUUUCUUGCAACAAAUCAAAGAUGAGCUGGACAUGGUAUUGGAUAUUCUUUACGAGCCCGCUGGCACACGAGGCCCAGCUGAAGGUGGAGAUGAGAACCCUGGCCAGCGCUCUGCGGCAUGGCAAAAUCGUCUCAAGCUGCGUCAACGGCGCGAGAGGACGGAGCGCGCACAAAGUGCGCCCAAGGAAAAGAGCGGUGGCCUCAGUCUGAUUCAAAUGCUCGUGAUCGGUAGCAUGAUUUAUAACAUGUUCUUUGCCAACUAGUCGUUCGCCAAAUCAUGAUGCAUGCACCCGGGCGGUUGACCUCCAAGACCUGUUUCGGCUUGACAUGUGAAUUGACGACAUUCGAGC